GCACCCAUCGUCUCCUCUCUUACCACUCUUGCAGUCUCGCUCGCGGAUAAGACGAGGCGCUACCAAACCCUCCGUCCAAAACCCCCAUUCGAGCUCCUACCCCCAUCCAUGGCGACCGCCACCGCCGCCUCUUCCUCCUCGCUGACCGCCCCUCUCCUCCGCCCGAACCCCAACACCAACCCCGCCCCCAGAUCCCUGCCUCUCCUCAGGAACAGGAGGUGCAUUCGCGCCGUGACUGCCGCCAUCGCCGGGGGCGCGGGGGCGUACGGGGCUGCCCAGCGGCGCGGGAUUUGGUCGAUCAGGGAUGAUUUGGUGGUGCCGAGGUCGCCCUACUUCCCGGUGGAGUACGCGGCGGGGCAGGAACGUGGGCCGUCGCCCAUGGUGAUGGAGCGGUUCCAGAGUGUCGUCAGCCAGCUUUUCCAGCAUAGGAUUAUCCGGUGCGGUGGCCCUGUGGAGGAUGAUAUGGCUAACAUCAUUGUUGCACAGCUGCUCUAUCUUGACGCCAUCGAUCCCACUAAGGAUAUCAUUAUGUAUGUGAAUUCACCAGGAGGGUCAGUAACAGCUGGAAUGGCUAUAUUUGAUACAAUGAAGCAUAUCAGGCCUGAUGUUUCCACUGUUUGUAUCGGAUUAGCUGCAAGUAUGGGAGCUUUUCUACUUAGCGCUGGGACUAAAGGAAAGCGAUACAGCUUACCUAACUCAAGAAUAAUGAUCCAUCAACCUCUUGGAGGAGCCCAAGGACAAGAGACUGAUCUUGAGAUCCAGGCUAAUGAGAUGCUGCACCACAAGGCUAACUUAAAUGGAUACCUGGCAUACCACACUGGACAGCCCCUGGAUAAGAUCAACGUAGAUACUGACCGUGAUUACUUUAUGAGUGCGAAAGAAGCGAAGGAGUAUGGCCUCAUUGAUGGAGUAAUUAUGAAUCCCCUCAAGGCCCUUCAACCGCUUCCAGUUUCCAGCUAGUCAUGAAGUGCUAGAUCUCUGUCAAACAUUUUUGUUGUAUCCGUUAGAAUUAAGUUUCCACAUUUUUGUUGUAUCCGUUAGAAUUAAGUUUCCACUACGCUGUUUCUACUAGUCUGGCUAGAUUAUGUUGCAAAGUUUGCAUCCCGAGGAUUCAAAGGUUGUACUGUAUAAAACAAGAUCUACAGUUGGAUGCCCAUCCUUCGCAAUAGCUAUUGCAAUUGAAUUACCAUA